UGGCCAUAUUAGUCUACCGUUUUUUUUGUUUGUUUUUUUACUUUACUGGUAUCACUAAAGGUAAAUAAAUACAAAGCAAGCCUGAGAACUUGCUUUACAAUGGACCACCCUCCAGCUACAAACGCGUCAUGAAUAGCGCUAUCUUAUCUUGCGUUGUCCUUUAUAGCCUUACCUUUAAAACCGCGGCUUGACUUCUGCGGUUUGUUGGCUUUCUUGAAAGACUUCAACAUGUCUACAGUCGGGUUGGUCUUAUCCUGUCUGGUCCUAAAAGAGGCUCUUGCACUGUCAGGGAACUUCUGGCAUAUCACGGAUUUGCAUUGGGACCCAACAUACGAAUUGAGCAACAAUCCCGAGCUGGUGUGCGCAUCCAGCGGGACACGACCUGCAGUUGGUGCUGGUCAGUUUGGAGACUAUGUGUGUGACUCGCCGUGGCACCUUAUCAACUCCUCUGUGUAUGCGAUGAAAAAGAUCCUACCAGACCCGGACUUCAUCGUGUGGACAGGAGAUGACACACCACAUGUACCCAAUGAGGAUCUGGGAGAGGAGGCUGUGCUCAAUAUUAUCCACAACCUCACAGACAUUAUACAAGAGGUCUUUCCAAAGACUAAAGUGUACUCUGCCCUGGGUAACCAUGAUUACCAUCCUAAGAGUCAGCUCCCUGCAGCCCAAAAUUAUAUCUAUGACCAAACAGCAAAAAUGUGGCAGGACUGGUUGGAUCCACAGUCCCAAGGGACGUUUGCAAAAGGUGGAUUUUACACAGAAAAGCUACUGAAUCGAACGGGUUUCAGGAUGCUGGUCCUGAACACUAAUCUCUACUAUGACCAGAACAAGCUGACCCAGAACAUGGCCGACCCUGCUGGCCAGUUUAGCUGGGCAGAUCAGGUCCUAACGGAGGCCGCCAACAACAAAGAGAAGGUUUACAUUAUUGGCCACGUUCCCCCAGGUUUCUUCGAGAAGAAAAGAAGUAAGCCAUGGUUCACACCAAAGUUCAACAAGCAAUACUUGGACUUAAUUGACAAGCAUCAUUCUGUCAUUGCUGGGCAGUUCUUUGGCCAUCACCAUACUGAUAGUUUCCGCAUGUUCUACAACACCGAGGGCUCUCCCAUUAGUACGAUGUUCCUCAGUCCAGGUGUCACACCAUGGGAAACAACACUUCCUGGAGUUGUAAAUGGAGCCAACAACCCUGGAAUUCGCGUCUUUGAAUAUGACACACAAACACUCCUGGUCAAAGAUGUGGUGACCUAUUAUCUAAACCUCACUCAUGCUAACGCAGCCACAGGGCGCUGGGAGAAAGAGUACCGCCUCACAGAGAGUUUCAGGGUACCAGAUGCCUCUCCAGCCUCCAUGCACCAGGUACUGGAGCGCAUGGCUAAUGAUCGCUGCUACCUACAGAAGUACUAUGAAUUCAAUUCUGUCAACUAUGACCUGACAGAGUGUGACAGUGAUUGCCGCAUUGACCACGUGUGUGCAGCAAGAGAGGUGGACUUUGACAGGUAUGAAGACUGUUUGGCAAAAGAAGGAGCAGCAUCCAUUUAUGGCGGGCUGUUGCCAGUCCUCUCUGUGGCUGUAAGUCUCAUCUUGACCAGACAGUAAUCAUCAUCAGUAUCAUCUAUUCUCGACAUAUUUAAAGAUGUAAAAUAGUCUCCUUUUAAUUUUAAUUUAUUCAAACUUUGAACAUAUACCACUCUGCAGAGUGCAGCUUAAACUUUAAAGAGAAUUAAGACUGACAAAAACUCUUUUUUAAGUAAAAGGAGGGCUCUGAAGCAUCAGAGCAUUGUUGAAUAGAGAAGCGAUAAUAAUGAGCAGUAUUGUGACAAUGUAGACAUUUGUUUUAAAUGAUAGUAUUUCACAGUUAGCAUCACAUAUUUUGUUGUCAUGUUUUAAAUUAUGUAACAAUAAUAGACAAACUGAGUCAUGUACUGGAUGUAAUUAAAUAGUGAUAAACAACCUUUGGCUUCAGGAAUCUUUAGUGUGGCCUCUUGACCUUGGUUUAUUGGUACUGUUUGAAUACUUGACUUCAAUUGAAAAACUACACAGUAUUCUUGACCUUCAAGACGCCAAAGUGCCAUAAACUGGGAGCUUCUGCAUUAAAUCAAGAUUUCUGUGGAAUGUUUUUCAUCUGAAACUGUCAAAAUCUACUGGAGCUAUUUCAGAAAUCCAGAAAUUAGUUCUGGUCUGUUGAGUGAAUAUUUUAACUGAAAGAUAUCAUUGUUAUCAGUAUCUGUUUAACAAUAAAUAUGUUGCUAAAUAUUAA